AUGGACAAUUCUUACGACGUUAUUAUUAUAGGUGGAAGCGCUGCAGGGUUGGCCGCAACUUUAGCAAUCGCACGUACCAUGAAGACUGUGCUUUGUAUUGACUCCAAAGCACCAUGCAACAGAUUCUCCAACUACAUGCACAAUUUUAUAGGGCACGAUGGAGAUUCAUCAUUUGAAUUCAAGUCUCAGGCUAAAGAGAAUAUAAUGAAAUAUAAGACAGUUGAGUUGGUUGAAGGUGAAGUAAUUGAAGUUGCUAAGUCUGAAAACAGGUUUCAAAUUGCAGCAACCAUUUCCAACACCGAAAAGCAUUACACCGGAAAGAAGAUAAUAUUUGCGUCGGGUGUUAAUGAUUUGAUUAAUGAUGUCAAUAUAAAAAAUAUAGAGAAUUUUUGGGGUAAAUCUGCUUUGCAUUGUCCUUAUUGUCAUGGGUAUGAAGUUGCAAACAUGAAGACGGGACUCAUAUUCGAUAACUCUCGUUUAAUGGACAUGGCAACAAUGAUUUAUAAUUGGACCAAAAAUAUCACGGUAUUAACAAACGGCACUAAAAUAUCUUCUAUAUGUUCUGAAUCGCAGUUAAAUGAAUUAAAAAACAAAGACAUUGAGGUCAUAGAUAAGGUCAUAACAGAAUUUAUUGGUGAGUCAGGAAGAUUAAAGUCUGUAGUAUUUUCGGACGGUACUAGCAUUUCCUUGAGUUGCGUAUAUAUCCAUCCACCAUUUAAAUUGAACUGUGAAGAUAUUCUAAAUAAGUUGCAAGUACACAUUGAUACAACAAAGUUAAUCAAAGUGAAUCCAUUUCAAGAAACCAAUAUUAACGGUGUUUAUGCUUGCGGAGACUGUACUACUUUUUUCAGAACUGUGCCUAACGCUGUUAGUCAAGGAAAUAUUGCAGGUGCUUUUGCUUCAAAGAAUUUAUUUCAAGACUCGUGGAAUGAAUAA